AUGACCUCUUUCGCGACCGCGUUCAAGAACGCAUACCUCGACGGGUCCGGCCCGGAACUAGCUGCAGUGCUCACCCCGAUCGCACCGCCUGAAGAUCGCGAUUGGCUCCGCGAAUUCUACCGGUUCUCUAACGCCGAAUACAUAUCCAAGGAUCUCAGCUAUGCUCUCUUUCAUGGGAAAAGUUUGAAGUUGCCAAAGGCCGAACAGGCGGCCUGGGUCGACAUCUUUGUUGUUUACUGGGAAGCUAUAGGCGAAAUACUUCAGUGUGAAGAUCGCCUUCCGGGUGCUAGCGUCAUCACGGUCUUCAAUGCCUGGAAAAAGGUCGCCAAUGCCCUCAUCCGGGGAUACUCGGGCUCUGCCGGCAUUCCGGCUUGGACAUUGCCAUGCUUGUACACAGUCGGGAAGUACUUGCGUACUUUUGCGAUCAAUGCCGAUCUCGAGGCAGCUUCCCAAGGCUCCGCUGGAUUUGGCUUCCAGGAUGACAUUGCGGCUGAUGUUGAGAAGAACGCCAACUUGGAGGAGGCUGCUCGAGUCAUCAACCGGAUGUUCACUCUGUGCCUGAGUGAUAGCCCCCUCGAAGAGUCCCGAAAGUGGGGCAUAUACAACAUGACCAAUCUACUAUUCAAGACGUAUUUCAAGGUACCGAAUGUCGAUCUUACUCUCGCCGGCGAAACGCUAAUCUCUCUCUUUCAGAUCAACUCCGUCGGCCUUACCAAAAACUUGCUCCGUGCCAUCAAAGCCUCGUCGGCCGAUCUCCCCUCUCCCGGAUCUUUCCCCAAAUCCCACAUUGUCACAUUUGAAUAUUACGUUGGGGUCAUCCACUUCUUGGAUGAGAAUUAUGCAGAGGCCGAGGAACACCUGACAUGGGCUUGGAAGAUGUGCCAUCGAGACGCCAUCAAGAAUCGAGAAUUGAUUCUUACCUACCUUAUUCCCUGUCACCUCGUGACCACACACACGCUACCUAGCAAGGAGCUUCUUGCGCCAUUCCCACGCCUCGAGAAGGUUUUUCGGUCUCUGUCGAACUGCAUCCGAAAGGGUGACUUGGUUGGAUUUGACCAGGCCAUGUCUGACGGCGAGGAAGAGUUUGUCAAGAGACGUAUCUACCUACCCCUAGAACGUGGACGCGACAUCGCUUUACGCAACCUUUUCCGCAAAGUUUUCCUCGCUGGUGGGUUUGACGAAGCCAAGGAGGGUCAAUCUCCGGUUCGGCGUACUCGUGUCCAUGUGAAUGAGUUUGCGGCAGCUCUUCGUGUGGGUACUUCUACAACUGGCCGAUCACGCGUUGAUAUUGAUGAGGUGGAGUGUUUACUCUCCAACCUCAUCUACAAGGGACUCAUGAAAGGAUAUAUUGCACGUGAUCGAGGCAUCAUCGUUUUGAGCAAGGGAGGCAGUGCUUUCCCGGGCACAGGUGUCUAA